UCCAAAGAAGCCUAUUAGUCCCAAGUCAGGGUCUAGGAUGCCAGAGAAAGGAUGGCAAGGAAUCCCCAUGAAUCCUGGGAUUUUUUAUAAAGGCAAAGGCUAAGAAGUAGGAAAUAGUGAAGUUCUGUCAACACUGUCAAAUCCAAUCACCAUCCGAAGAAUGUCCCAUUUCACUAACUGGAAGUUCUCUCAAGUAAACAGGAGCAUGUUAUCCUACGAUGAUGUCAGAGUUCCCCACGAGAGGAAGAGGGAGAGCAAGAAGCCAGGGGGUCGGCCCCAAGAGCAGCCUGGCAGUCGGCUGCUGCAGAACGGGGAAGGGGCCGCAGACCUGGAGGACAAGGCCAAGGAGACAGGAGCCGACGAGGUGGUGGAGGAAGGCCCCUCUCUCAGCAGAGCUGAGCCCAGAAAAGACACCAAGGACUGGAAGCUGCCGAUCUCCCUGGGGCCUGUUCAGCCACCUGUGUUCUCGAGUCUGAGCACCAACAAAGCUUUGGGACACAGCUGGGAACUAUCUCCUCCAAAGAGCUUCCAAAUACAUGACGUGCACGUGUCCAGCCUGCCCCAGCAGAGCCUUUUCCGGCGCUACAUGGACAUGAAGGCCGAGAAGAGGAUGGCGGGCCGGAAGGAGCGCCGCAGUCGCUUCGGAGACACCCACACGCGCAAGUGCUAUCAGUUUGGGGAGAUCUUCUCCCCUUUCCAAGCCCUCGCCACCACAGAGAUGCGAAAACUGGUGUUUCCCACAGACCUGCCCAUGAGUCCACGGCUGCAGAGAAUGGGCAUCCCUUGUGCCACAGAAGGGAAUCUCCAGGAUUUAUCCUUGUCUUCUGUAGAGCUGGGCUUGGGAAAGAAUGACAGCAUCCGCGAGAAGGAGAAAGCAGCCAGCCACAUGAAAACGCCUUUAUUCCCCCCGAUAGUUAAAGCAACAAAAUCAAAUGACAUGAAAUAAUAAACCUUGCAGAA